ACAUUAAUAAAAAAUAAAUAAAACAUUUAAGCACAUCAAAAGGCAUUUCCUGUACUGCCGUAAAGAAAACAAUUUUUACAGCAAUUCAAAUUAUUAAAAACUAUAAAAAUUAAAAACUACAUGCACUACAGUUAUGAGAAUCAUUAUUUAAAAAUAAUAUACAACAAAUACUAUAGAUGCAUUUUUAGAGUUGAUAUAAAUCUACAUUUUAUUAACCACUAUAUUUGUAGUUUUGUUUUAAAUAUUUGUCACAUUAUAUCGCUCGUGCAUUAUUUAUGUUACUGUUAAAUUUUUCUUGAAGCAUAUACCUGUUUAAUGGCAGGUUCCCAUCUUACGCCACAGUGUGACAACAUGUGCCAAAAGGUCAAAAUGAGGGCAAAGAACCGUGCAAUUUUCCUGGACACUGAAAGUGGAUGUUUUUGUACUCAAUAAAAUUUUACAUUAAAAAUCAACCUACCGUGAGAAAUAGGACAAGCUCCGCUGAAGAGGCGGAGAAACACCCUCACCUAAAUCUACAUCCUUCCCCUUUAGGCGCAUCAUUGCUCGCCGGGUUCCCUCAAAACCACUUUAAAAUCUGCCCAGAGGUCAAUCGACUAACUUCUGCCCAAGCUUUCAGAACUCGUAAGCCGUUCUCCUCUGAAACAUGAACAUGUCUGUGAACUUGACUAACUCUUCCAUGUCCCAUGAUAAUCCCGGACCUUUGGGCCGGCACGUGGCGUCGGCCGUGGUGUAUGGACUGGUUCUUGCCGUGGGUCUCCCGCUCAACACGUUGUCCCUGUGGAUCCUGCUGCGCAAUCACGGGUUUCGGUCAUCGUGCGCCGUGCUCAUGGUGAACCUCGCCGUGUCCGACCUGCUCCUCGCGCUCUCCCUGCCGUUGCGCGUCUACUUUUACGCAACGUUCCGAUGGCCGUUUGGAGCGGCCACAUGCACCGCUGCCAUCGUUAUGUUUCGCGUCAACAUCAGGACGAGCAGUAUCUUCAUCACUUUAAUCAGUGUGGACCGUAUGAUCGCCCUGGUCUUCCCUCUGCGCUCCCGCUACCUGAGAACCUCCGCGUGCGCCUUUAAGUGCUGUUCGGUCGUGUGGAUCCUCAUCUCCAUCCUUUGCAUCCCAGAGAUUAACAGACUCUACAGCUUCGUGAAACAUAGCACACUGUGCUUUGAGAAUCAAACGCAGCCCGAAGGCUCAGUCAUCUCGAUCUUACAGGCGAUAUUUUUUUUAAUACUCCUGCUGGUCAAUAUCGUCUCCACGGUCGUGGUCAUAAUCGUACUGAAGAAGCGUCCCAGCACUGGCGCGGCCAAGGUGAACAACAAAAUGAACGUGAUACUGAUUUUUGUAGUCAACAUGUUGGUGUUUAUAAUAUUUUUCCUGCCAUUUACUUUACAACUCUUGCGGUACAAUAACGACAAAAAAAUACGAGCGCUCGUCUGCCUGGCGAGUGUCAACUGCUGUCUGGAUCCGCUCAUCUACUACUUCUCUCUGGACUCGUUUUGGCAGGACAAGGGUAAAAGACAAACGGAUGUAGGCACUCAUUCCCUCAGCAGGUCUUUGGAAAGGUUUUGACAAGCUGAGAACAGCUAGGAUAAACAAUACUAAGGCGCGCCCAGUGGGACAUGGCGAUGGAUACAAAAUUAUUGUAGUGUUUUUCGUUCGCUUGAGAAAAUUAUUCAAUUAAAGUGAAUUCAGGUAUUUUUGGCACUUUUUACCAUUUUAUGAUUGGAAAAAAUUUCCAAUUAUACUGUAUUCACCACUAUAGUUAUUCCUCUGACGUUAUAUUAUUUCCAUCGCAAGAGUUUCUCGGGUGGAGGCAAUAAUUUUAUUUAUUUAUUUUUAUUUUUUUGCACCAUCAAUAUGUCCCUUGAUAUACUGGCCAAGAUAGAAGGAAAUUGGGUAAUAUGCUAUACAAUGUAUCUAGACACUUUGAACACAAUAAAGUUAGUGUUCGAAACGCAUCUGAACACUUAAUGAAUAUCAGAUGUUAGUGGAACAUGUUAUUGUGAUAAACUGUAGUUAAUCUUCCAGAACACCUGCGUAAACUUGAAAACUUAUUCCAUUCAUCCACUAAAAAUGAUCCUGAGCAGGUGAAACGGCAAAGUUGGUUGGGUAUUUUAUUUAAAUAUCCCAUUUAAAUCUCAAAAUUUGCACUGUGGGUUUUUGAUCUGUUUGGUAAGAGUCACAUAUUGUGAUUAAAUUUAUUAAUCCGUAAUUCCAUAAUUUUUUUUAACUGCCUUACACUGUAAAAUGUGAGUGUUAUUUUAACUGUAAAAUAUUGUAAAAAUGCUGUUAACAGUAAGUUCCCAUACUAUAUGCAGGGAAAAACUGUAAAAGAUCUAACCAGACAUUUAAUGUAAUUUUACAGUAAAAUGCUGUUAAUUGUAUAAUUUUAGAAGUAAGAAUAGAACAAAUCAAAUAUAAUGUACAGUUAAAAAAUUUAUAAUAAUAAUAAUAGUAAACUGAUAUUCCCAGAAUUCCCCGUGUGACACUCCACAUUUGUUUAAAUAAUCAUGUUUCUUAAUAGUUUUGUCAUGUUUGUUGUGUACAUGUGGGUUUAUGUUACAUCUUCUGUUGUUUAAUGAAUGUCUGUUGUAUUAUUUAAGUGUCGUGUGUGUGUGUGUUACCAUGAUGGUGUUUAGUGUUUGUGUGAAUGACCCUGUGUGCCUUCUAUAUAUUAGUAAUACUUCAGCUAGUGGAAAAGCUACUCGUGAUGAACGGAUUCUUCAUAUUGCUGUCUCAUUUACCACCUGCAUUAUUAUGGUGGUUGGCAAUUUAUGUUAAUGGUACAAAACAGAUUUUAGUAGCAGUAUGCAUUGUUGAAUUUAUUUGUUUACACUCAAAGUUUCUUGUUUGUAAAUUACAGUUU